CUCGUCAAGUUCUCUGGUUAAAAAGGAGCAGCCAGGAGGGCGGCGGAGCGGAGCAAGUCUGAGCCGACAGGGAGAGACAGAGUUUGGUGGAUAUAUGAGACGGUGUGACACACUGACGGAAAAUUACCACAAAAUAAUUUCGGGAUUUACAUUUGCUGACAGACCAAGUGGCUGCAGGUUGAAUCUGUCUGCUGAGGAGUAAGCCAGACUCAACGUUAUCAGGAGCAGCCAGCUGCAGCCUAACUGAAGAUGUCUGAUAAUGGGGAGGUUGAGGACAAGCCCCCAGCUCCUCCAAUGAGGAACACCAGCACCAUGAUCGGUUCCUGCAACAAAGAUCCCAUCCCCCUCAACCAUGGCUCCAAGCCGCUUCCACCGAACCCAGAGGACAAGAAGAAGAAAGACCGCUCCAUUCGGUUUAUUCUGACUGGAGGAAGUGAUAAGACCUAUAAGAAGAAGGAACGUCCUGAGAUUUCUCUGCCGUCUGACUUUGAACACACAAUCCACGUUGGCUUUGAUGCUGUUACCGGCGAGUUUACUGGCAUGCCAGAGCAAUGGGCCCGGCUUCUCCAGACCUCCAACAUCACGAAGCUGGAGCAGAAGAAGAAUCCACAGGCCGUCCUCGAUGUCCUAAAGUUCUACGACUCGAAGGAAACGGCCAACAGCCAGAAAUACAUGAGCUUCACAGAUAAAACUGCAGAUGCCUUCAACUCCUCCAUCAUAACGAGCUCCAAGGCCGUGUCGGAGACGCCCGUCAUUGCGACCGUGUCUGAGGAUGAAGACGAAGAUGAGGCCGAGCCCCCGCCGGUGGUCGCUCCCCGCCCUGAACACACCAAAUCAAUAUACACCCGAUCGGUGAUCGAGCCCCUCCCUCCUCCUUCAACCAAAGAUGCAGCCACCUCCCCCAUCAUCCCACCAACAACCGCAGCCACAGCUGCCGUCACCCCCUCCCCACCUGCAGAGGCGGCUCCCAGCAGCCCCCCCAGUGCAAGCCCCGCCCCCGGCCCAUCUCUGCCUCGCACGCAAGAUAAAAGUAAGAAGAAGAAGAUGUCUGAUGAGGAGAUCCUGGAAAAACUACGGACAAUUGUUAGCGUUGGAGACCCCAAGAAGAAAUAUACACGAUUUGAAAAGAUAGGACAGGGAGCUUCUGGCACGGUGUACACAGCUAUCGACAUUGCUACAGGACAGGAGGUCGCCAUCAAACAGAUGAACUUGCAGCAGCAGCCGAAAAAAGAGCUGAUCAUCAACGAGAUUCUGGUGAUGAGGGAAAACAAAAACCCAAACAUUGUCAACUACCUGGACAGUUAUCUGGUUGGAGACGAGCUCUGGGUGGUGAUGGAGUACCUGGCUGGAGGUUCUCUGACCGACGUCGUCACGGAAACCUGUAUGGAUGAAGCUCAGAUUGCUGCUGUGUGCAGAGAGUGUCUUCAGGCCUUAGAGUUUCUCCACUCGAACCAGGUCAUCCAUCGAGACAUCAAGAGCGACAACAUUCUGCUGGGCAUGGACGGCUCCGUCAAACUCACCGACUUUGGAUUCUGCGCCCAGAUCACACCGGAGCAGAGUAAGCGCAGCACCAUGGUCGGCACGCCGUACUGGAUGGCUCCAGAGGUGGUGACCCGAAAGGCUUAUGGACCCAAAGUGGACAUCUGGUCCCUGGGCAUCAUGGCCAUUGAGAUGGUGGAGGGGGAGCCGCCAUAUCUGAAUGAGAAUCCCCUCAGGGCGCUGUAUCUCAUAGCAACUAACGGGACGCCAGAGCUGCAGAACCCAGAGAAGCUGUCAACAAUAUUCAGAGACUUCCUGAACCGGUGUUUGGAGAUGGACGUGGAGAAACGGGGCUCUGCUAAAGAACUCCUGCAGCACCAGUUUCUGAAGAUGGCGAAGCCUCUUUCCAGUCUGACUCCUCUCAUCCUGGCAGCGAAAGAGGCAGCAAAGAACAACCGUUAGCUGGCUUUGAAUUCCCCCCUCCUGUACGUCUGUGAACACUCCUCAGAAGGUGGUGACAGCUGCCUGCCGGGGUAUGAGACGCUCAGAAGGACUGUGGUCAUUCUUUCUGAGUGUCUUUUCUCUCACAGCGACAGCUUCUUUCUUUAAUCUGGCUCUUUUGCCGUUGACCACGAGGGGCGACGCUUCCACAGCCCCCCACCUCACCACCUGACAGAGAAAGCUUCUUCAACACUCCAUCAGACCUGGACGAAAGGAUCUAGGGAUGCCUUUAUUGACAUUGCUGUCCUCAUAGCCAACAUGUUGACUUUACUGAGUUUACUGUCAGAGCCCAAAGAUGCAUGGUAGUUAUUUGUUUUUAGUUGGUACUUCUUUUCAGGACCACGUCAUCCAGUCUCACG